UCGUUCAGGUGUAAUACUUCAUUCUCCGUGCUCUGAAUCGGGCGGAUACGUUUAAUUAAAAUUUUGUGCGUUCGCGUUCACUACUGAAACACAUCGGAUUGGAUCGUUCAACACCGUUUUUUGGGUGAUAUUGACACGAUGCGAUGCAGGCGCACUGCACAUACCUGAAACAAGAGCGCGGUAAAGGUGUACAGAACUGAAGACUUUUAAAGAAAAAAAGAAAAGCUGAGCAGAAACACAGCCGUCAGUGGAAUAUUGGAUCCGUAAUUCCGGGUGACUUUCACGACACAAUAGCCAAAAUGACCGACGGCCCAAGACAGCGAGGCAACGGGGCGCCCGCGCCAGCCGGCGAUUCAUCUUCCGACACGGGCAAGGACUCAGGGGUGGCUCUGAAGAAAGAGAUCGGCCUCGUUAGCGCAUGUGGGAUCAUUGUGGGUAACAUCAUUGGGUCGGGCAUCUUCGUGAGCCCGAAGGGCGUGCUGGAGAACGCCGGUUCGGUCGGACUGGCGCUGAUCGUGUGGAUCGUCACCGGCCUCAUCACCGCCAUCGGGGCGCUGUGCUACGCCGAGCUCGGGGUCACCAUCCCCAAAUCCGGGGGCGACUACGCCUACGUCAAGGACAUCUUCGGAGGACUGGCUGGGUUCCUGCGACUCUGGAUCGCGGUGCUAGUGAUCUACCCGACCAAUCAGGCGGUGAUCGCCCUCACCUUCUCCAACUAUGUCCUGCAGCCCCUGUUUCCCACCUGCUUCCCCCCGGAGAACGGACUCCGCCUGCUCGCAGCCGUGUGCCUACUGCUCCUGACCUGGGUGAACUGCUCCAGCGUGCGUUGGGCCACUCGUGUUCAGGACAUUUUCACUGCAGGGAAGCUGCUGGCCCUGGCACUGAUCAUCAUCAUGGGCAUUGUACAGAUCUGCAAGGGGGAGUAUUACUGGCUGGAGCCGGCGAAUGCGUUUGAGAGUUUUCAGGAGUACGACGUGGGCCUGAUCGCCCUGGCCUUCCUGCAGGGCUCGUUUGCCUACGGCGGCUGGAACUUCCUCAACUACGUGACGGAGGAGCUGGUGGACCCCUACACGAACCUGCCCCGUGCCAUCUUCAUCUCCAUCCCCCUCGUGACAUUUGUUUACGUGUUUGCCAACAUCGCGUAUGUCACAGCCAUGAGCCCCCAGGAGCUCCUAGCCUCUAACGCCGUUGCCGUGACGUUUGGGGAGAAGUUGCUGGGAGUGAUGGCGUGGAUCAUGCCCAUCUCUGUGGCCCUUUCUACCUUUGGAGGGGUGAACGGGUCCCUCUUCACCUCAUCCCGGUUGUUCUUUGCAGGGGCGAGAGAGGGUCACCUCCCCAGCCUGCUGGCCAUGAUCCACGUCAAACGCUGCACGCCCAUCCCCGCUCUCCUCUUCACCUGUCUGUCCACCCUCCUGAUGCUGUGCACCAGCGACAUGUACACCCUCAUCAACUACGUGGGCUUCAUCAACUACCUCUUCUACGGAGUCACCGUCGCUGGGCAGAUCGUGCUGCGCAUCAAGCAGCCUGACAUGCACAGACCAAUCAAGAUUAGCCUGGUCUGGCCAGUGAUCUACCUGCUCUUCUGGGCCUUCCUGCUCAUCUUCUCCCUGUACUCCGAGCCCAUAGUGUGUGGCAUCGGCUUGGCCAUCAUGCUCACCGGCGUGCCCGUCUACUUCCUGGGCGUGUACUGGGACAACAAGCCCCAGUGUUUCAACACCUUUGUCGAUAAGAUGACAUACGUAGGACAGAAGUUCUGUGUUGUGGUGUACCCUGCGGAGGAUGACAGCGGAGAUGCAGGGGGCAAAGAAGAGGGUGAUGGUGAAAAGGAGGAGUGUGGAGCACUAAGAUCAGACGAGUGCUGAACACACACACACACACACGCACACACACGCACACACACGCACACACACGCACACACACGCACACACACACACACACACACACACACACGCAUACAUCCACUCUCGCUAGGGGACACCAAUUGAAUUUAAAAGAGGUACACACACAUUCAAAACAUGCGCACGUGCGCAAACAGAAAGCAGCGGCUUGUUUUCUAAGCAAACAGGAUAAGAAUCACAAGAGCAUCAUCAAACCAAGCUGAAGAAGAAUAUGAGUGGGGGGGGGAUGGAAGAUUGCAGUGCUUUAUAAUGCCACGCUUCCGUUGUAUGGAGUGGUACAAACUCAGUAAUUGCCCAUCACACUCUGACACCUCCUCUGACGCCACUCAUCAGGUGAUGUCAUCAACCCUCGCCCUACCUCCUCCUCAUUAGACCUGCGUCAUCGCGCAAGCUUCUCUCACACGACGGCACUGCGAAAUGCCACAAACCAUCGAGCGACUCGUUUUUUUCUUUUUCCCGAUGUACUCAUCAAAUUGAAAAUUUCAUUUUAAUUAGCCGUUUUUUUUUUGUUCUUGUUACAGCGAAGCUAGUUUUCUGAGUUUUCUGUGUUCAGAUUUCAAAAUUCAGAUUUCAAAAACAUAUUCAAAUACACUCUAAAGAGCCGUUUGUGUUUAAAUGUAUAACUGCGAUUCCAAAGUAGAUUUUUCAAAUUGUAAUAAUUGUUUUUUUUUUUGGUUGUCAUUAUUUUUAUUAUCAUUUUUGUUUUUUUGUUGUGUUAAAAACCAACAUGAAAACAGGUCUACUUUUUGUGCCUUCAGUAACGGAAGCAUACGUUUCAGUCACAGGUCCGUGGCGUGUUUAGGUGCCUGACAGAUUAUUUUCAUGUUCAGAAGUAGUUCCAGAUCUUUUUAAAUGCCUUAAUUAUUAUAUAAUCUGCUGGUAUUGCUCUUAUGAUUAUUGUUAUUGCUACUGGAAGAUGACUAAUUCCAAUAUUAUAUGAAGAAAGUAUUUUCACGUCGUUUGAAAAAACAUGCAGGUAGUCAUAAAAUAAAAUAGACUUUGACAAAAAGCAGUCAAAAAAAGCAACCGACUUUGCUUAGGAAGGCAGACAAUCACACACACAGACGCCGAGUGACCAACAGACACAACUCUUAUGAACUUACCAAAAUUGCUGAUACCAGGAAACAGUUAGAUAUAACAGACAGGUGGCCAGAUAGACAGGUAUACAAAGACUGAAUACAUUACUGUAUGCGGACGUACAGACAGGCUCAGUUAAUCUAUAUUUAACUGUAUGUGUAGAGUAGGUGGAGUCUGCGGACCAUGUGGAUGCUCUGUAUUACACUGAACCUUUGUCUGUACUAUGCUGCACUGAAGCUGUGCACAUGUUCACUCCUUGAACUGAAUGGAGAUGUAUUAUUUUUAGGUCUGAAAGAAAUACCAUUCCUAGAUAUAUUAUUGUUAAAUGUUAUAUGAUAGGCCCAAAUUAAUGGCCCAAACUGUGCUGUCUUAUGAAGUCACAGAGGUAUUGUGGGUAGUAUUUACAUUACAUUACAUUACAUUAUUGGCAUUUGGCAGAUGCUCUUAUCCAGAGCGACGUACAGUUGAUUAGACUAAGCAGGAGACAAUCCUCCCCUGGAGGAAUACAGGGUUAAGGGCCUUGCUCAAGGGCCCAACAGCUGUGCAGAUCUUAUUGCGGCUAUACCGGGAUGAGAACCACCGACCUUGGGUGUCCCAGUCAUUUACUUUGACCACUAUGCUACAGGCCACCCCAAAUAAAUAACUGUGCCAUAAGGCAAUGAAGUAAUAACUCUUAACAUGGAUACCAUCUCCAGACUCCCCUCUCCCUCCUACACACAAGACAAAGAUAUCUUCCUGCACUCCAGAUCUUACUCUUAGCCUUUACGUUCCCACUGCCUGAAACUGACAGAGCUACACUCACCGGUGUCCUUCUAAGGGAGGAACCCAUUCAUACUGCCACCAUUUUGUUUCAACAGUGGCCUGCAUUGCACUUGCUGUGAUGUAAUUACAUUACAUUACAAGGCAUUUAGCAGACGCUAUUAUCCAGAGCGACCUACAAUGAAGUGCAGAUCAAACACAAGUACAAGUGUGAAGAGGACCAGAGAGGACAGUACGGUUCAGAGUCCUAGCCUGACCACACAGAUACAAUCGGAACCCUUGAAGAAUACAUCAACUUCCAAACUAGCAUGCCACAGUUGGCAGCUAGAAUACCCAGAGUACAACGAUACAAUAGCUAAUACAAAAAAAAACAACAACAAUAUCUAUACAACUAUGUAAGGGCCAUUACAGCCUAUGGCAUAUAUAAGGCAUAUAUAAUUGUGAUUGUCAGACACAGCUAUGGCACGCACGGAACGGGCCUAACAAAGCAAACAGCUGGCACCACGCUGUGCGACAGCGCUGUUAUCCGCCUGCCGUUCUCUGAAACAACCUGACACUCACUCACUAUUUUAGCGCCCGUCAACCCAGGUAUGUACGACAGGCUGAAAACUACUCAGUAUUGUGCAUCUCCGCGGGAGGUUGGGAUGGAGGGCUAGGGGAAGCCGGGAGAGUGCACGGACUAUGUAUUAGGACCCCAGGGGCUGUGUGACCUCAUAAACCAACACAGCGCAGUUUGGUAUUAACUGAUGUCAAAUCUAUAAGAACAACACCCUCUCUAUGAGAACUCAAUCUUGAGAAGCAAUAUUAUUGCUGCACUGCACCCACACAGACUAGCUGUACACUGCCUGUUUGUUUGUUGUAGCAUUCUAUAUCAUGGUAGUCUAUUAAACAAUACCAAUUCCUUGCCUUGACAGAAGAGUCAAAAUGCUGCUUGCCUGCUUCACAAGACUGGAGCAGUAUUCAAAUUACAAUAUAACGUAUGCAUGUGAUUUGUGCAGAAAACCAGUGACUCACGUGAGAGGAAAAUUUUGACAGCCAUGCAAAUUUAGUACAUUGUCAGUAACCAUAUUCUCACAAUAUGAUUGUGAUCCCACAUUUUCUUUUUUGUGUAAUGGAUUUCAAAUAUUUGUAACUCUAAUGGUGACUGCUUUCCUUUUCUGAGAGUUUAGUUUGUCAAAUGGUGAGAAUGCGUUUGUCUAAUCAGUCAUGCCCAAAACACUCAGUCUUUUCAUACAAGCGUGCCGUUUCUACUGGAGUACUCUUAUUUUAGAUUUUGUAUGAGUUUCCACAUGAAUGUAAAUAAAGAAAUAAAAAUCUAUAUACCAACCUGA